AUGGAGGACCAGGCAGACCCCACGGUCCGGCGUGAACGCACAACAUCCCACUCUCGAUCCUCUGCUCCACGAGUCCGGCUGAGCUGCGAAGCCUGUCGCCAGCGCAAGGUGAAAUGCGACAAGCUCAGCCCCUGUACCAGCUGCGUUCGGCUUGGCUUCGUGUGUGUCCCCGUGGAAAGAGCUCGUCUCCCGCGGGGUCGGACAAGAAAGCCGCCCGAGCGCGCUGCCAGCUCCGAUAAAGAACUGGCGGACCGAGUAGCCAAGCUCGAACAGCUUCUCCGACGCGUGGCCGCCGAGCGCGAUGCAGGCGCAGCUGUGGAGGCGGCGCCGUCCGCAGGGCCGAGUCUAGGCGCUGGAAUGGAAGCCGAGCUCAAAACCGAGCACACCUUCGAGACCAGGAUGGCUGAUGUCGAGAAAUGGCGUGAUCAAAACUCUCAAGCUAAUACCGGUCCAACGAUGGCGCUCUCGCAUCGGCCUCGGCCAUCAGCUUCUUAUUUGGGUAGCUCUUUCUGGGAAGACAUCAUGCAACAGACAUCAGAGCUUCGAAAUGUGCUGGAUGAUCGUCUGGAGAUCGAAGAUGAAAUUAGACGCCCGUCUGACUUUGGAACAUCCAUCAUUGGCUCCGAAAGCUCCGAAAGCGCCUCCAAUUCACCCCAGUCAUACAGGGGCAUCAGCAUUACCCCUCAAGCCCGCCGAAGCUUAUGUGAGAUUUAUCUCCGUAAUGUGGAUCCUGUCUUCAAACUCCUGCACCGCCCCUCGUUAAGGGCAUAUCUACGAGAUGAUCAGCGGUAUCUGGACUAUGAGCCAGAUCACCAGGCUCCUGUUACCUUAUCCUACGCCGUCUACUAUGCGGCUGUAGUAACGAUCGACGACGCGCAAUGUCAAUUGUUGUUUGGCUUGGAUAAGAAGACAGCGUCAACUAGUCUCCAAGCCGAAACAGAAGCCGCCCUGCAGAAGGCAGAUUUUGUUACUACCAACGAGUUGACAGUACUGCAAGCGUAUGUAUUGUCACUUCUUGCGGCCCGCUGCCAAGACCAGAGCCGGCGUGUCUGGACCAUGUCAGCGAUGGCUCUUCGUGUCGGCCAGGCGCUUUGUUUGCAUAUGCGCGAUCCCCCAUUCGAAGUCAACCCGUUCGAACAGGAAAUGCGUCGGCGUUGUUGGCAGUGCAUUGGACUUUUAGAUUUCUCGGCCUCGCUGGAUCGAGCCUCGGAACCAAUGAUGCAGUCUGCCUGGCUAGACUCGCACCCGCCGUCUAAUAUCAAUGACGAGGAUAUUUGGUUCGACAUGCAGGUUCCGAUACAAGAGCCUCCCGAGGGCACAUUCACCGACCUCACCCUUACUUUGAUCGUUGCCGCCGCGCAAUCUGUAGCAAGAAUGAUCGCCUACGCGGAUUUCAUCGAGUUGGCUGUCAAGGAAAUGAGCUUGCGUCAACAAGUCCUCCUCGACUUCCAGCGCAACGUCACCAAACUGCUGAGCGGGUGCCGACCUGAAAUGUCAGCAUUCCAACUCUACACCAAGCGAACGGCAGCAACCAUAUAUGGCUGGCUCCAAUUGGGUUGUCUUCGACCAAUCUCCCGAAGCCGCAACUUCACCCCACCAACAGUACAAGGCGACGUCCUCCUCAGUCUAGCAGUGGAUAACCUCGCCAAGGUCCAAGAAUCCUAUAGCGACCCAAACACCGCACAAUGGAUGUGGUUCGGGUCCUUAUGGGUUCCCUGGCACGGGUUAGCAGUCGCAUUAGCCGAGCUGUGUGUCUGUAAAGACCCUCAAGCAAUGGCAAAACAUUGGCCUGUCAUCGAGCAAGUCUACCAUCGCUCCAGCCUCACAAUCGCCGACUCCCAACACGGGAUGCUCUGGAAGCCACUAGAGAAGCUCAUGACUCAAGCCCGAGCCCAUAAACGCGAAAUGCUCGGCAGCACCUCACCUAACGAAGCAGCAAUCCGUCAAAUACCCCUGCGCGUCAUGCCGCCUCCACCUCUCCGAUCGGUUCCCGAAGAAAUGCCCACUCCUCCUGCUGCGUCUUAUCCGCUAGGGUUAGAACCAUCUCUUGUUACUGGCCAGCUAGAUGCGGGAGCAAGCAUGCCGCCAAAUGUGAUGCUUGAGCCUUGGCCGAAUGUAUGGGAUUCGAUGGAUUUGACUGGGACCGGGCUGCAGGGUUCCGGGGAUAAUCUUGCUUGGACGAAUUAUGAGAAUUUCAUUGGAGAUGUAUAUGAUAGCGUUGAUACUAUGUUUUUGUCGCGGUGA